AUGUCGAAUUGUACAAUAUUAGAAAGAUUAUCGUCAUAUUUGACUGUCCAUCAAAUCAUCAUCGCUAUUGUUUUGAUCAUAUUGAUAUUUUUCGUGAUAGUUGGAAAUACGUUUGUCAUACUAUCCGUGAUCAUUUAUAAGCGUAUGAGAACAUUUACAAAUAAGUUGUUAACAUCACUUGCCACUGCUGAUCUCUUAGUUGGUCUAUUUGUGAUGCCAUUAUCACUAUUGGAUUUAUUGUUAAAUCAUGCCUGGCCAUUCGAUACGUUAUUAUGUAAAGUAUGGUCAACAAGUGAUGUCCUUUUCUGUACAGCUUCCAUACUCAAUCUUUGUGUCAUAUCAAUUGACCGUUAUUUAGCCAUUUCUAAGCCGUUAAACUAUUCCAGAACGAG